UCGCGCAGUACGGACAUGCUUCACAUCCAUCAAUGAUUUAGUUACAACGAAUCGAUGUUGUUUUGAAUGGUUUUAAUAGUUAUUUUUACUACGAAGAGAGCGAUUUUCAAGUACUUAGGAUUAAGACAUUUCCCCGGAAGAAUCGUUAAAAUCUUGAAUGGUUUGUUCUAGUGAAAGUGAAGUGAUAUUUAUAUAGUCAAUCUAAGUGAUAAUGAAUUUAGUACACUUGAGUGUUUUUCUACUGCAGAUAAUACUGGUGGAGAAAGCAGCAGCUGUCUAUGUACCACAGCAUCAUCUUUCCUCGAUAUUGCUCAUCUCGAUAAAUGGAUCCUCGAACGUGGUCCAAAGCAAUGGGUUACCCCUGGAAGACCGAGCCACGAUUGAUUUCGUUCCGGGAGGAAAUGAAUCAGAAUCUCCCCUUUUGUGUGUACUGACAACGUCGAUGGAUGAUUUCCCACCGGAUUUAUUCACAAAAACCGAGCGACAACAUGGCGCCAUUCUGUUCCAUUUUCUCGCUGCAAUUUAUUUUUUCACGAUACUGGCAUUUGUAUGCAGUGAGUACUUUUUGCCGUCAGUGGAAUACAUUUGCGAAGAUCUGCAGCUCUCAGAGGACGUCGCAGCUGCUACUUUUAUGGCCACGGCCACUUCCAUGCCGGAGUUCUUCACCAACACCAUUAGCACCCUGGUGGCGGAUUCGGACAUGGGCCUCGGUACCAUCAUGGGAUCGAUGCUGUUCAACACCUUGGGAGUUGCUGCCUUAGUUGGGCUGUUGACUAAAAGUCACGUUCAACUGGACUGGUGGCCUCUGACGAGAGAUUCCAUCAUCGUUCUAAUCAGCACCAGCUCCCUGGUCGGAUGCCUUUGGGACGAACAGGUUCGAUGGUACGAAGCAGUGGUAUUCGUGGUCCUGUACUUCCUCUAUUUCAUAGUAAUGUUCCAGAACGAACGGAUGAAACGGAUAGCGAUCGAGUUUAUCGAAAAUCGCUGGAAUCUCUGCAGCAGACUGGAUAAAGAUGACAUCAGUGACGUUUUCGAUGUCGUCAAACCCGGCAGAAAGUAUUCCAUAGCUGUGGUUGAAGAAGCUGUCAAUCCUGCCAUCGGUGCUGUCGUUAGCAAACAGCCAACGCCAGUGAAUCCGCAAGAGUCUACGACCAAAGAACCGGAAGCAGAACGAAUGAAGUUAUUCCGAAUUUCCAACGGUUCUUGGUUAGGAAUGUUUUGGUGGUUCUACAGUUGGCCCUUCCGAUUUAUAAUAUCCCUCACGAUACCUGAUCCUCGAAAGCAUCGCAAGCUGUAUCCGUUGACGUUCUUUAUGUGCAUCGUCUGGAUCGGAUGCACCUCGUAUAUGGUAUUUUGGAUGAUGACCAUCAUUGGAUCUACCUUCGAAGUGCCGGAAACGGUUAUGGGAUUGACGUUUCUCGCUUUCGGAGGAUGUAUGCCGGAGGCAGUUUCGGCCAUCACCGUCAUACGUAAAGGUAACGGUGCCAUGGGUGUGUCUAACUCCCUAGGGGCCAACACCCUAGCGAUCUUGUUUUCGCUUGGCUUUCCCUGGUUUAUCCGACUGAUGAUGGAGGGAGGAGCAUCGACGGGGGCCUAUAUCGAAAUCAACUCGUACGGGAUGCAGUAUUCGGUGAUGGCACUUUUUGCGGCCAUUGCAUUACUUUAUCUGGUGCUGUACAUUGCCAAAUUCAACCUCAGGAAAUUGGUUGGCUUAGCGCUAGCUAUAGGUUAUCUGAUAAUUGUUACUUUUAUGAUACUAGUCGAACUGGAUCUUAUUUUUCCGUCGAAUAAUAUAUGUUAAGCUUUUUUUCUUAUUUUCUAUGCGUUUUUUAAAUUGAAUUAAGAGAAUUCCAUUAUGAAACUGCAUUCAUUUAAUAUUGUGCUAAACAAGAUUUAAGGACUGUCAGGAGUGAAUCGAAAAUUAACUAUAGACAUAUUUUGGCCUUCUACUUACUAAC